CCUAUGAAAUAGCAUACAUAAACUAAAGAGGACAAGACAGACAGUUUUCUCAUACUAUAACACAAUUUUUAGAAUUGAGUUGACCUGUGCUCCAUUUUUUAAAAAGUUGAUCCUAUACAUUUUUGGGUUAUCAAAACAUUAAGCUAAGUCCAACAAUACCUUGAAAAAAAAACAAUUUUAUAACGCAGCAUUCACACUUUCCUGAAAAUACUUUUCAUCAGCAGUUACUGGGUAUGUAGCGUGUUUGUCUUAAAACAAUUGUGCCCAGGAUAUUUCUUCUAGGGUUCGAACUACACAAGUACCAUAUUAUUUUUUUUUAAUCGAAAUUUUUGACGAGAAAAUUUUCCGUAGAAAAGUUUGUUUAUCAUAAUUUCAUGAAUUUCAGUAAUAAGAACUUUAUUCUAAAAUUUCAAAACCUAAAUACUAUAUUUAAAUACUGAAAUUAUAGGCAAGCUACACGACUUGUUCCUUGAGGAACCUCACUUUGAUUCUAUUUCAAGCAUUUACGAGAGGGAAAUACAGAUUUAAAGGAAGUCCUUUGCCCAUUUAUUAACUAAAAUGCCCGCUAUCAUGAGGAAAUUAUUGGUUAAGUGCUACAUAAUAAACAAAACCUACGCUAUCUUGAUCAGAAUGCGGAAUAUCAAACAUGAACACAGGCAAUCCAUACAAUGCUGGGUAUAACCAGGGACCGACAACUUACCAGUCUAUGCCGCCAGGUUACCAACAUCAGUCAGGCGCUAAAGUGUAUGGUUCUACACAAGUUGUCACCAUAACACAAACACCAACGAAUUGGCUUUGCCCAGCCAUUUUUUCCUGUUUGUGUUGCUUUUGGCCCUUAGGAUUAGUUGCGAUCUUCUACGCUUGGGAGGCAAACCAGAGAGUAGAGAAGAAUGAUCUACGUGGUGCUGAACAAUCUGCCUCUUGUGCCAAAACGUUGACGAUUACAUCCAUUUUCAUCGGCCUCGUCUCAGUGGGAGUCGUUUUAGCUUUAUAUUUAACGAAUGUACUGACUUUCCAACAGAGAAUCAACCAUCUCCCGUAAAAAAAACUGCAAAUGGCGAUGAGAUAAAUAUAUUUUCACCUCUUUAAACAUUUUGAGAUAUUCCCAACUAUGAGUACUACAUUGUAUUUAUCAAGGUUCUACUUACGAGUAAGAAGUUGAUUGCAUAUGUAAAGUGUCAACUAUUAUCUUUUCAAAAAUAGGAUUUCAUAGAACAUGUAGAAUGUGCUUUUUUUUAAUUGAACAUGUUAUUUAGUGAAAUAAUGAAACAAUACACCUCUCUGGAAGUCUGGAAUUUAUUCAAAAAUUGUGAACAUAUAAUAAAAACAUGUGUAGAUAUAAAACAUUUUUUUUAAUAUGAAACACAACUCGAAAUUCAGUGAUACGAUACCUAUAGAACGCAACAUCUUAUUGAGGAAUAAAAAAUACAGCAGUGUUUUCAUUUGAUUAAUCAAUUUCUGGUUAUUUUUAAUCUACCUGUAUGUAAGAUAUAACGACCAAGGAAAUGCUAAAGAGGAUGGUUGACUUUCUUUUCAAGAAUUUUACCUUUAAAGUUAGACCUUUUUUUGGACCCAGGACUAUUCAACACUGAAGGUGUACUUUCGUAACAAUGUCUGAGCACUUGGGUGAAGGAACAGGUGCCGCCUAAUUUUGUUGACCCAGGU